ACCACGCAUAUGAAAAGCUUUCAUUAAUGAUGAUAAAAUUCCUAAGUUACCAAUGAUAUGGAACUUAUUUUGUUUUGUCAGUAGGUUAAAAGAAAUACUUGUAAUACGGAAUCUGAAUUUGAGAGUUUGGGUGAAUAUUUGCUGAUUUUAGAGUGAUUUUUGUAUGGGCUCCUAGCUUCGGACUGUGGACAGAAAAUUGAAAUCUAACACUUCCUGGUUCUACCCGUGCGUGUGCACCUGAGCAAGCAGCAAUUACGUUAUGAAUCAAUGAAAUGGACCGCCCUGGUUUUGUCCAGAAAACGCCUUUGAAAUCAAUAGGUGCUCAAGAUAUCCUGAAACUAGAAUUUGACAAAUGUGGACAUCUCAGAAAAGAGGGAGGGUUAGAGAGGACCCUGCUCAGCAAGUUUGUUAAGUGGAGACAAUUCUUUGUCGUCUUAAGAAAUGGGUGUUGUUAUGUUUUCGAUAAUGACCAAUCUACACAAUCAAAAACGGCGUUCUCAUUUGAGAACUAUUGUCGAUUAGAAUGCUUUACCCGAGCAGAUAUGGAGAAUUGUUUUAAGGUUAUCCCUAGGUCCGGUCAUGAGGAAUUCCUGAAGGAGCACUGCUUUUCUGCCUCUGACAACCAAACGCGACAGGGGUGGCUUAUCGCUAUAUACAAGGCUUUACAUGUUGCAAACAACUUGACAUUGCCAACUGAAAUAACGAAAGAUGGUUGGAAGGUGGAUAUUUUCGGGAAAGGGACUGAUCCUAAUCGUUACAGCUACAUAGAUGAGAUGCCAGAAGACUUCCUGAAAGACCUCCCUAAGGACUCACCGAAAACCGCCAAAAAACGCUACUCUAAGUUGCCACCAAUACCAUCAAUAAACAGAACCAAAAGUUUGCCAGCUCGUCCCAUGACACCAAAGAGUAGUUCUAACGACUCGGUGAGCAAUGAUUCUGACGACUCGCCAUCUGAUAACUAUGACGACAUUCUAAUGGAGCCACCAACCACGAAGCCCGAGCCACCGACCGCUAAACCGGGUAAACUAGCUCGGUCUGUGUCUGAGUCAUAUAAAGCUAGACCCCAACCAGCCGUUCCCGUAAAUGAAAGAGACGAAAUAUCGCGCCCGGAUUCGUAUCUCAGUCCUAAGGCUGAGGUGGCUGACUUGCCUCUCUUUGAAGGGAAUUCUCCAGAGGCUAAAAGUGCAAUAAAAGAUGAAGCUGUUGGAACAUUUCUCAUUCGGAAGUCUAAUACGGGUGGCGAUAAAGUCAUGUUUGUAUUGGUUGUCUCAGGUCCUGCUGGUGAAUUACAAUACAGGAUAUACAAAAAGGAAGAAGACAAAAUUUAUCUUGAAGAGAAAACCUACUUUGAGCGACUUUCAGAACUUGUGGAUCAUUAUAGAAAAAAUGAUCUUCCAUGUCAACGCAAGCUGACAAAACAUUAUGGACACAUGGAAUUAUGAAGCAAAGCAAGAUUACACAGGGGCUUGAAAUACUUAUUUAGAGCUAAUGCUUUAGUUGAGUAUUUUUAAUCCAAAAAUACAUGCAACAGUAAACUUUUUAUAUUUAGCGGCAAUCUUGAAAUUGUCUGUAUCCGCUGGACAACCGAAUAACACAGUAACACCGGUAUGAUUGGCGUAUGAAUAUCCCUCUUAAGUUUUUCGGUUCUUCACUCUUCUGAGCAAUGUUGAAUUUCAAUUUAUUUUCUUGAUUCAUUGAAGAAUGUUCCUGUCUUUGGGGUUUUGUUUGGAAACACUACUCAAUCGUCGCGGAUUUGACUGUUUCAACUCUCUGAUU